UCUUCGGAUGUUUUCGGAACUGUCCGUUUAUUUACCAUACCGACAAAAAAAAAAUAGCAAAAAUGACAGACAGGAAAAAGAUAAAUUCAUCUGAUGAUAUCCCAAAAGAGUCUGACAGGCAAUUUCUUGAGCGAACGUCUGUUGGUAUGCUGAUGAGAGAUGCACUGGGAAAAAUAAUAGCCAACAGGCCGGAGGACCCAAUGGCCUUUCUUGCAGACUAUUUUGACUCGAUUGAGGACAGCACAAGUCUAGUUCAGCGUGCAGACCAGAUGUUAAAGAUGACCCAUUACAGUAGACCUUUGUUUGAAUCCAAUGUUAGAGCAGCAUACGAUAUACUCUCUAGUCACAAAGUGAGUAAGAAGGUGUAUGGUGUAAAUGGAAUCAUAUUUGCAGAUUUACUGCUAGCAUUAUGCAGGAAUUUACCAGAUGCUGUUGUCACAAAGCUAUUACAGAAGAUAGAAUGUUCCCCACAUGAAGCUGUGCAUUAUGAUGUGUUUAAAUCUGGCGUGUUUGCGUGCUGUGUACUGCAAGAUUAUGUGAAACUAGCAGAACAAUUAUUUCAGUGUUUAGACAUUCAGCGGACAGGAAAGGCAAAUAAAUCUCUCUGUGAUAUUGUUGUGGAACAGUUACAUACAGCACUUGGUAGUUCAAGAACUGAUGCUAGAAGAAUAUUGGAAAGUGGUUACAACCUUGGUGUUGAUGGAUUGUAUUUAGCUCUAGAAAGGGUACUGUCAAGAAGUCAAAGAAAUGCCUCCUUACAGACAUGUGAUCAGUUUGUUACAGAAAUCUGUGAUGCAUUUUUAUGUAAAGUCAAGAAAUUUAGCUGAUAGCUGUGAAAAAGGAGGAAGAAACUAAUAGGAGUAUUAUAAAAUAAGCUGAUGCUAGAUGAAUCAGCGAAUGUGAUACAACAGUUCGUUGUCAGAUACUCAGUACACAGUGUUUACAAGAGAAUAUAUUUAUGUGUCUGUAAUAGACAUCAACAAUUCUGUCAUGGAGUUAUUGACAUUUAUACACAGUAAGGUGUCAAACAUUUGAUAUUGGCAUGGAGUUGGAUUUUAUGCAAUAGUAUUGUGUUGUUAUCAUAGCUGAAAAGAUAGUUCAGGAAAAAAAUGGUUUUGGUAGACAUUGUACAUGUGACCACCUGUAUAAAGUGACUUUUUAGCUCACCUGAAGUUUGUUUAGGAUGAGUUAUUAAUAUAGGUGGAUUGUCCAGCGUCAACAAUUUUUACUUGAACAUUUACACCAAAUUUGGUCAGUAACAUCCUGGCAUCAUCUCUGUCAAGUUUGUUCAAAUGGUUCACCUUGGCCCCUUUUAUUGGCCACCAGAGCUAAAAAUAGAAAAACCUUUAAAAGACUUCACAUGAAUUGCAUGAUGGAUCUUCGUCAGACUUGGUCUGUAGCAUCGUUAUAUUUUCUUCUAGAGCUAGAAACACCUUAAAAAGGCUUUUCCCAUGAACUGCUUGAUGGAUCUCUUGCAAACUAAUUUUGGUCGGUAGCAUCAUUAUAAGGUUCUCUUCCAGUUUCGUUCAAAUGGGGGCACUAGGCCCAUUUUAGAGAAAACCCUUAAACGACUUCUUCUCAUGUACUGCUGUAUGGAUCUUCAUGUAGCAUCAUUAUAAAGUCCUCUCGAAAAUUUGUUCAGAUGUGGGCAGUCGGCCCAAGUAGGGGCCGCUAGGUUAGAAAAUAAAAAUAGCUUAAUAGGUUUCUUCCUUCAGUGGCCACUAGAGUAAGCUUGAUGGUUCCUCAUCAAACAUUGUCUAGAGCAUCAGUAUAAGGCUUUUUACCAUGUUUGUUCAGUUGGCGGCACUUGCUCCUUUUAGGGGCCACUACAGCUUAAAAUUGAAAUACCUUUAAUGUACUUCUACUAAUGAACCGCUUGAUGGAUCUUCAUUAAACUUUGUCUGUAACAUCAUUAUAAGGUCUUAUGCCAAAUUUGUUUAAAAGGGGUGCAUUAUAGGGGCCACUAGAGUUAAAAUAGAAAUACCUUUGAAUGAUUUCUUCUGAUGGUUAUGUGUUUUUGUUGUGUGUCAGCAAAUUACAGAAAAAGUGUUUAUUAAAAAUAAAUAAGUUUUGUUUUGAUGAACAGCUUUAAAGGAUUUCCACCAAACCUAGUUAGAAGCAAAGUCAGGUUGUCUUCAGGUGAGCAACUUGGGCCCAUUUGGGCCUCUUGUUUUUAUUAAGCGCCUGCUUAAAAUUCCUCCCAAAUGUUUUUACUAUAUUGGUACAUACCAUUAAAUGACUUUUUCAUUACUCAUCCAGCGACCAAAUAAAACAGUUCCCAGUAGGCAAAAUUGCCUGCAAAAGUGUCAGUUAAAACAACUGCUUAUGAAGCCUCUCACAACUAUCUCACAGCAAAUGUUUGCCUUUACUAAAUCUGCUAUUCCAACAGUCUAGCAAAGAAACAGUCAGUUGACUUUGAGUGGUGUUUUGUAUCUUAAAACUGAUCUUGAACAAUGCCACAGUUUCAGCCUUUGUCGACUUAGUAUUUUAACAUAUUUCAUGUCUUUUUAAAUUUACCAGAUCUGUUAAGAGACCACUUUCAGUGCUGAGUUUCUCAUCAUUCUGUCUUACUGUUAGAUUCAGAUACAUCCUUGUAUAAAGCUCUCACAAGUUUGUCGAAAACAUGAUGGGAUAUUUAAUUCUGUUAUCCGUUAUUUGUCAAAUCUGCUUUUAAAUUCACAUGUAUAUUCCGUCCUAAGUUUAGCACCUUAGGCCUAUUUGGGCCUAUUGCUACAACAGUGAAUUUCAAAUGAUUUAUGAUCUACUGAUAAUUACAUAAUCUAUCACUAGUUAUGUUUUCUUUUACUGAUCAUUAAAUAAAUUUAUUUAUUGGAA